CAGUCAAUUCACGCUCAGCAUCGCUUCACAUAUCUCUUACAAGUGAUGCCUCUGCUGUCAGAUUAGUGGGAACUCAGCUGGUGCUUGGAAUUGCAAAGCUUGCUAUUAGUGAAGACAGCUUUCGUGUUGCCAGAGUGUUUGGGAGAGCUUUUGCUUUCGAGUCCGGCCUGCUCGUCCUGCGCUGACAAUGGUGUCUCGGGGUCCUUUCUAUCAGCGCCCGGUGCCCGCAAUCCUUCUGAGAUUUCUCUGCCUUCUUCCAACAGGACUGCCGGUUAGAAGCGUGGACUUUGCCAGGGGGACGGACAACAUCACUAUCAGGCAGGGAAACACAGCAAUCCUCAGGUGCUAUGUUGACGAUAGGAUCUCAAAGGUUGCUUGGCUGAACCGAUCUAAUAUUAUUUUUGCUGGAAAUGACAAAUGGUCCUUGGACCCACGGGUUACUCUAUUGACCAGCGCUCACUUAGAGUAUAGCCUUCAGAUUCAGCAAGUGGAUGUAUCCGAUGAAGGUCCUUACACCUGCUCAGUGCAGACCCAGCACCAUCCUAAGACCUAUCAAGUGCAUCUGAUAGUGCAAGUUCCACCAAAGAUCUACAACAUCUCUUCUAACAUCACCGUCAAUGAAGGCAGCAACGUCACUCUGGUGUGCUUAGCUAAUGGAAGACCAGAACCUGUCAUUAAUUGGAGACACAUCUCCCCUUCAGCCAAGGAAAUUGAAGAGGAGGAGGAAUAUCUGGAAAUCUUCAUGAUCAACAAACACCAAGCAGGUGCUUACCAAUGCAAAGCUGCCAAUGAAGUUGCCUCUGCCGAUGAGAAAAGAGUCCACAUCACUGUCAAUUAUGCUCCUGUUAUUAAGUAUGCCCAGAGUGCUGAUGUUGCAGUGGGGCGGACUGGGAUGCUUCACUGUGAGGUGUCUGCUGUUCCACCUGCGGAUUUUGAGUGGUACAAGGAAGACAAGCGGAUAUAUAACAGCUCGCAAGGAAUCCAGAUCCAGACCAUGGACAGCCGGUCCAGUCUGAUUGUCACCAAUGCCACGGAGGAUCACUAUGGCAACUACACAUGCGUGGCAGGCAACAAACUUGGCGUUACCAACGCAAGCAUAUUUCUAUACAAAAAUAUCCUGCCAACUAUUCCAAACCCUGUUCAAGAAAAAAUUGAAACCACUGUGCACUCAAAACAAAAAGGACCUGGUUCCAUGCGAGAUUCAGGCACUGGAUUAGCAGGUGUCACCAUAUCACUGUGGUUGCUAGUCGCAACUCUAGUUUGUCUAAUUUACAAAUGUUAAUAAUAUGAAAACUGACCACAAGGAAAGAGGAGAUUAUUUGUAUUUCAACUUGGUGCAUGACACCGCACAACAGUAUUGCUAGAAAAGCUUUUAGAAUAGAAAAAAAGGUCAAGGGUGUAUUAGGUACAAAAUGAUCAACAUUUGCUCAUGAGUUUCAAAUAUUGUGUAAAAAAAGUUUUUUCUCCUCUGCCAUUUUUGCUAAUGUUUACAUUCACACAGAUCUAACCCUUUGUUUUGGGUCUGAAUUAUAACAUAUAAUUAGUGCAAAACACAGCCCUGUAUUUGUUGGUGCCAAGUGACCCAUUCACUAUAUUAAGAUUAUAUAUUACUGGAAUAAUAUUGGGGGUGAUGUAUGAAGAAGCUUAUCAUUAAAUGUACUGAUUAUAUAUUAAUGACUCAUCCACAACAUUUAGGCACAGACACGGAUGUGCAGCAGACUGGUUCAAAGGGUAAAUAUGCGAUGAAGUUAAUCUACUUGAUCAAAAAGGAAAGAACGUCAUUUAGAUGCCCCCUCCUCACACUUCAAUAAUGUGCUAAACCUAGUUUUUUAUAAAAAGCUAAUGGAACACUUUCUUUCAAACUAUUGGUAGUAGUAAUAAAUAACAGUCUGCAGCAUCUAACUUUUGUUCAAAAAAAAACAGACAUCUACCUACCAUUUUAGAGAAAUCUGUCACCAAUUAGAGAAUAAAUUGCUGUAAAAAUAUAUUUUUUGUUCUCUUGAUUUCUUUUGGGGAAAUAUCCAUUUGGUCAUGGAUUUUCAACUAGAGAUCUCAACCAAGAUGAUAAUAAAGGGUGUAGUUUUAGUUUAUUGUGACACUGACUGACUUACCCCAUCACACAGUUAUAACGAAGAUAAAAGGAUUUGCAAAAUAAAGUUAUGUAUUACAACUUGCAGUGGUUUAGGAAUUGAUCUGUCUGAUUAACACAUCAUGAUGCCUCUGACACCAAUUUGGGUGUUUGUUUUCUUUUGAUCCACAGUGCUAAAUGGGUUACAAGUUCAAUUUAUUUAUUUAAAAUAUUUAAAUAAUAGCAUAUAAAACUUGCCCUUAUGAAAAAAACUUGGACUAUUUUUAAAAUAGGUUGUCUGUGUUUUUAUUUAAAUACCCGAAUACGACUAAAAGAAAAUUAUAGUGGUCAUUUCUUUCGAAAGGGUCCUAUCAGAAGACAAUGGAAGGCUUUGAAGUGAAAAUGUAGAGAGACUAAAUCAAAUAUGAAAGAGUGUUUUGUGGGCAUUGGUCUGAACUUUGCGGACAGAGGAGGUGAAACAUCACUAGUCAUGCACCCUCUGCUUUAGGUGUAACAUACUAAUUUUGAAUGUCAUACACACGAGCCAAUAACUCACAUCUAACAAACAAGAGUCUCUAGUACUCACUGCAGCCCAGAGCAUGCAUGUCAGUCCAAAUUCAUAGACAGGUGAUGUGUACCUGGAACAAGUCCACAGGGCAUCAGUUCAGUAGGUCAGAAUAGUUGCUUAUCUUUAUAGAGAUAUAAAGCAAAGAUGCAUUUCUGAUGCUAAAAAUGUGUUUUUUUUUAAUUUAUGUCAGUGUAUAUAUGAGGUGGUGCCCAUGUGGGGAUAUGCCUAUGUUGCUAGCUUACAACCAACCAUACUUGGUUUUUCUUGUGACAGCUAUUUGCUCUGCACAUAAGAGAUGGUUUGGGAGCAGUAGCAGCAUUUUGUCCCAUUUUAAUAACUAAUACACUUUUCAGUCCAUAACAUGUUGUGGUGCACUGUAACUUUUUUGAAUUUCUCUGUAUAAUCAAUAUUUAGCAUUGCAGUUCUAGAGAUGGAUGUUUUUAAGAUUAAAAAAGGUGAAAGAAAUAGACAUUUCAUUCCUAGUGCAAAAGUAAUUCUUUGCUGUGUUCAACAAUAGAUUUUACUGGAAUAUCACGAGAGUUUGGAAGAGACGCGUUUGAAAUAAGAUCAAUAUCAUAUACAAAUGGUGAUCACAAAAAUUCUGUAUUAAAAGUUUGGCAUUACAGCCAUGGUUUAUUGGUCUAAUGUAAAUCUAUGGAUGAAGGAGCAAUCCAAACAGAAGUUACAGUAUCCAACAUUCACGAAUGAGUAUAUUCCUCAAACAGUUAAAUUUGUGAUCAUGAUUCGUAGUCACAACAAAAUUGUGCAAAAGCAUCUUAAAACAUUUUUUCCUGUAAAGAUUACCCAAAACUGGAUGCAAAUAACUUACAACAUAACUGUAAAAAAAAUAGCAAAAAAAUUAAAAAUCGUGUGUAGCUCUAAUUUGAAUUCAUGUUUUUAAUGCUGUGAUACGUUAAGUCUAAUAUUUUGCAAGUUUCUUGCUUUAACGGUUGGUACAGGAUAUGGUUUUUGUAUAGCUUUCAUUAAAGAUGGGAUUAGCAUAGAUACUCAGAAGCAACUUUACCACAGCUUUUUGCUUUAAAAAACUUUUUUUCUGUUUUCCUCAUUGUCCCUGAGGAAGCCGGCUGAGGCAAACAUCCUCUCCCCAAUGGGAAGACUCGACCAUCAAACCUGUAGUUCAACCCCCCCCCCCCCCUCCCACAUUACCCCACCCAUGCAUAUUGGCGUGCUUCAGAAACUUCCCAAUCCUUCCAUCAUCCCUCACCAAGUUGAAUGUCUUAUUCCCAUCUGUUGGAUGCUGUUCCAAGAAAAGCAACCAGAGGGAAUGGAAUCCCUUGGAUAUGUACUUGUAACGACUAUAUUAUGACUCAGUGGCACAACUGCUUGGAGCUACCACAUAUAUUCCGACAUUACCACAACUUUACAUGUAGGAUCUCCAUUGUGCGCAUGCUGUUGCAGUACACCACUGUGAUGCCAACUAGACUUUUUUUUUUUAAAGCUAUCUAUUGCUGAAGAAAAGAGUAGUGAAAUUGAAAUAGGCUGCGAGUUCCAAAGAUGUUCAUUACAUAUUUCAUGGCAAGACUAAAUUUCUGUUGGGUGUGGUUUAGAAUGGUUGCCAAUACACAACUCUCUCUAUUCUCUGUAAUAAUGUCUGAGAGGAUAGAAUAUUUAAUGGCUGUCUUUUAUUUAUUAUUUAACUAUUCUAAGUUAAACAAUAACUUUGCUAUUCUAAGGCAGCAAUGUCUUUUUGGCAUCUAUGAAACAGGUCAAUGUCUAAAAAAAUACCAAACAUUAUGACCGAAACAGAAAUUUAAAAAAUAGAAGUGAUAAAAUCGAUGUAUUACAAUUAUUAAUGCUUUACUUUAUUCCAUGACAUAUUAGUCAAAGGAAACUCCUUUCUUAUUAAACUAUGCAUGAGAAAAUAUGUAACAUUUAUGCAUUUCAAUUAUAAUCUCUUCCUAAAAUAUAUUUUAAGGUCACCAAAUCUUUUCUGAUAUCACCUGCACAAUUAAAGGGUGCAGCAAUAUUCAAAUCAAAAAGCUGAUGGAUUUACGUUAGUCUCUGGGUCAUUUCAUUUGAAUGGAGACAGAAAGGGCAGUUCCCAAAAUCUUCAAUGUGUUUUUUCACACGAGAGGAUCGUGUGUCUGAAAGGAGCUGCCAGAAGCAGUCAAGCCAACAUUUAAAAUACAUUGGGCAGGUACAUGGAUAGAAAAGGUUUAGAGGGAUAUGGGCCAAAUGCGGGCACAUGGGACAAGCUUAGAUGGGGCAUGGUUAAGUUUCCGUGCUUAUGUCUCCAUGAACCAAUGUAAAAAAGUAUCAUCAACAUAGGAGAACAUAAGUGUCAUCGACAGGAGAGCUUUUUUUUUAAUUUAGGUACGAUGAACUCCAAAACAAAUGGGUCUCUGAGAUACGAAGUGCAGUAAUCUUGGUUAUUUAUCCACCAAAAUUCUCAGAUGAUAUUUAAUUCCAAAGCAUACCAUAUUUGUUAAAAGAGUUUCCAUUCUUCUCCCAUCUUGUGCACAAAAUAUUCAUGAACUUACUGAAUUAAGUGCUUUAACAUUUAUUCUCAGAAAAUAGGCCACAAUGAAGAAUUUUGUUCUUUCGUUAAGUUGUGGUAAUGUUGUUUCUGGUGGUCAGUUAUCCCACGACGCUCUGCUUGAACUGUGGAGUCUCUGUAAAGUUUUGUGAUUGAAGGAUUGUAUUGUAAAUAUUUCUGUGCAACAAGGAAUAAGCAGGCCUGUAAAAUGCAGAAAAGCUAUUUGAAGCAUGUCAUGGCUGAUUGAAUCCUGCUAAUGUCACAUGUUGAGGAAUUUCAGUAAGGCUGGCAGGGAUGGGUCAUUUCUCAAAACCUAACUCUUAACUUUCCAACCCUACCACAGAAACAAAGUUACGCUUAUCUGACUCCUUCACAAAUGGGGAUAAUAUCCCAAAGAAAUAUAAUUUUAGAGUAACUCAGCGGGACAGGCAGCAUCUCUGGAGAGAAAGAAUGGGUGACGUUUCGGGUUGAGACCCUUCUUCAGACAGAUCAGUCUGAAGAAGGGUCUCGACCCAAAACGUCACCAGUGGCCCGCUGAGUUACUCCAGCAUUUGGUGCCUUUCUUCGGUUAAAAUCAGCAUCUGCAGUUCCUUCAUUCACAAAUAUAAUUUUGGAUUGAAUUGUAUUCCAUUCAAGUUCCUUUUCAUGCGAAAUAUAGCCACAGUGCCGAAAACAGCUAUGACUAGAUUAUCUAUUCCCCAAAAUAAUAAAAAGGAUCCAAUUUUUUGAAAGUAACAAAUAUAACGAGACAGUGAAUUAAGGGACACGAUUGAGGUUUUCCAGGCGAGAACUUAAAGGUCGAAGACACUCUUCUUAACUCGCGGAUUAGGUCGCCACAGUGGGAGAGCACUUUAAGGAAUGUUUUUUUUCUGAUCGGUGAGAUAUUUUAGUUCAGCAGCUGCACAAUCAACGCUGACAUUUUUCAAAGUGAGGGUCACUCACUGUUUAAAAGUUGAAAGCCAAAAGACUACUUUGCAUCUAAUUGCAGUACUACAAAUCCCUAAGAAGGAGAUUCGAUAAUUUGGUGCAAAUUAUCAACAUUGCCAUCGCAAGACCCAGGUAGUGAUGUUCUAUUCAGCCACUUAUGUCACAGGUUACAAUAGAUAAAAAGACUGCCAGGUCUCAUUGUGUGCUGCCCCUAAUCUCAAUAACUAUCACAUACAGUACUGCCGAGUUAAUGGAACAAAUAACACAAAACUAGUUUAUAAGCAUAUUAUCGGCUAAUGGUGGCACAGCAUGGUUGUUUUACAGGGUAAUAUUGGAGAGGUUAGCUCCAUUUUUGUCCCUCUCUCGUUACCACAUACAUUGUUAAGUGUUAUAUUGUUUCACAUAUAUAUCCCUUACACAUUGGUUCCAUGCGAGAUUCUUAUCUCUACCAUUAACAUUUGAAUUCUGGAGAGCCAGAUCAUAACACGGCAGUGAACUGAGAGGGACAGUAGAUCAUCAGAGUUUUCUAGAUCAAUACGACAGAAAGCUGUCCGAUCUGCAGAUCUGGGAAGAUUGGUGAGUGGCACAGUGGCACAGUGGCAGAGUUGCUGCCUUACUGCACCAGAGACCCGGGUUGGCUCCUGACUAAACGGUGCUGACUCUACGGAGUUUGUACAUUCCCCCUGUGACCACAUGAGUUUUCUCUCAAGUGCUCCAGUUUCUCCCACACUCCAAAGACAUGCAGGUUUAUAGGUUAAUUGGGUUUGGUAAGUUGUAAAAUUGUCCCUAGCGUGUGUAGGUUAGUGUGCGGGGAUCACUGAUCGGAACAGUUAUGAGGCUGUUUCCGUGCUUUGCUUCCCUAUCUCUAAAGUCUAAAGUUUCAAUCUGAAUAAAUGAACACUGGUGAAUGAGGGCAGAAGUUAAUUGGCUUCGAUAAAAAUUGUAAAAUGUCCCCAGCGAGUGCAGGUUUAUGGGGAUCGCUGGUUCGUGUGGACUCGGUGGACCCUUUGGUUUUCAUGCUGUAUCUCUAAACUAAAUUAAAAGUACAAUUCCUCUCUGCUUUGAGAGCUAACCGCAGUAGAACUUUGUGCUUUAGUUAAAGUACUUCAGCCCACCCAUUGCCCACUGCACCUUGCGGUACUACUGUCAAGUUUACUCAGAAUCCCGUCAACCAUCAGGAACAUUUGCUUGCAAGAAGUUUAGAUAUAAACAGAAGACAUAACCAGGCUUAAUUUGCCAGCAACAGACACAAACUGCUGGAGUAAUUCAGCAGGUAAGGCAGCAUCUCUGGAGAAAAUGGACAGGUGACGUUUUGGGUCGAGACCCUUCUUCAGACUGAUUGUGGUAGGGAGAGUGGAAAAAAACCAGGACAAAUCAGGACUAGCGAUAUCAUCAGGCAAGGAGGUUCCAUGGUAGGCUAAAUUUUGGAUAGUGACAGGUGUGAGGCCAAGAGGGAUUUAUAUUGGCAAUCCGUGGAGCAGGUUAACUUAGUGAAGGAAGAGAAGGGGUGGAGAGGCAGGUGUUUGCAGAAGUGACCAGUAAUUGAAGAAUUCAAUGUUCACCCUAAAAUUGGAAACAUUUUGAGUCUAUGGUGUAAACCAUCAUCUGCAGUUCCUUUUAUUGUUGUAUUUGCCAAUAAUGUUUUAAGCCUCUUUAUCAACAACAGGCAACACAAAUUGAAGAAAGGGACAGGAGUAGGUAAUACAACCCUUUCUCUCUAUUCUGACAUAGAAGACAAUCCUGGCUAAUCUAAUCACUGACCCCAUUUUCAAUCUCUCGCCUAAUGGGCAACGCUCCUGUUGUUACAAUCAUGUAUGAUUCAGCUUUCACAAAUAUGAGGAAGAAUGCUUCAAGGUUUUCCUGAGUGAAAUUACUUGUCUUAAAUCUUAAAUGGGCAUUUCUGCACCAUGAAUUGUCAGGAAAUGUGGGUAAAGUUAUGUUAAUAAGUUAUGUGUUUAGGAGCUGCACAGAUUGGCUGCAGGCACCUUUAUAGAGACCUCAGAAAUUGCAUUUUUGUCUUUUAAAGUGAGCCAUUGGAAAUAGUUGCUGAACAGCACAAUUUUGAACACCAGCCCUUCAAUGCUCCUCAAAAGUUUGUGGAAUAAGCAAACUCAAAAAAAUCUCCAUUGAUUUGCGAUAUUGUGCAAAGUAGGUACGCUUAGAUAAAUAAUUCAAAUGGCAUGCCACAGGAUUUUAAAUUUUGUUGAUUGGAUUUGUCAAGAAAAAAUGUAUUAUAGUAUUAAAAAAGAGUAAAUGCCUCAAGUUUCACAACACUCAAAGUGUAACCGUUCCAAAAGCAAGCAUGGUUAGCACUGGCUAAUUGUGAAUACAAUGUACCCUAUAGGAAAAGCCUUAUCUUUGAUGCUUUUGUGCCUUACAUUUUUACCAUAUCCUACAUUUUUUUAACCUUGGAUUUAAAACAAAGAGAAACUACAUUCUCAAUAUAAUUUUCAUGACAUGUCUCCCUUAUUUUGUAAUUCGUGUUAAGAAUGAAUAAGAAGUGAAUCAAUAUAAUCAAAAUCUCUGAUUAAAUCAUGCAGAUCUGGUAAAAAGCUUACUUCAAAUAACUCGAUGAGCCUCAAGCAAAGAAGAAUCUAUCCACAUCAUUUCCCUCACCACUGCAAUGAAUGUAUUUUCAAACUUUCCCACUUAAUUAUCCAAAGGGAUGCAGAAGGCUGCUGAACCAAAACCUUGGUACUGCCAUAGUCCUUUUCUGAAAGCCUCACAAUCUCUCUGAAGGGUAUCAACACCAGUUGGCUGUGGACUCUUAACUUCCUCACACGCAAUAUAGGGAUAACACACACAUAUGUGAUGCAUACACAUCCUAAUCAGAGAUGCAAAAUGCUCUGUUGCAUCUUAAAGCUCCAAACCACAGUGAUGAUUGUGGAAUUGGGGGUUUACCAAUUAGUAACGUGGUUAGAUGCAGAUCUGACCACAGGAAAAUGUCAGACGCCCAAACAGGCAUUGUACACGGAGGAACAAGACCUAACAAUGACAAUGUUAUGACAUGACAAUCAAGUAAUCAAAUCUGGGGAAUGCUACUUUUGUGUACGAUUUUCCCAUUAAAAAAUUAAUGGAAAAAAAAAGAUCAAUUCAAUUUCGAGGGAUCGUUGCCUAACACAGCUAAAGCAAAGCUUAGUGCCCAAAUGUAAUCUCUAAAAUGAAAUGCAUUGUAACAAGGAGAACAAUUCAGCGUAAUAUCAUGCCUUUUUGAAUUUCGUUAUUUAUGAACCUUUGAUUUGUUCACAAUUUGAAAACCAGAUACAAACCUAACUGGGCAUAAUUGUGAUUUAUUUACCUGCCCAUGAGAUUAAAUGUAUAAGGUGACUACAUUUUCAUAAAUCAGUACUUUAGAUCACUAUUUAAAAAUACAUUUUACUCCACAUUUAGUUGACACUAUGUUGAAAAUGAGCAAUGCAUUUUUACAUUCUUGAAAAACUUUUCCCUAGAUUAUUAAUCCUCAUAAUCCAUAUUACUGCUAAACGCACUCUGUAGCUAUGUCAGUACUCUGUCUGAAAUGUGUUUCAUUGGUUUUCAGGAUGUCCUCUUUCAGAGUAUUUUGCAAAGCAGGAUGACUAUAACAAAAAUAGAAGUCAGAAGGAGUAGUUAAAAAUGACAAAAUUAGCCUGAUUAUUGCUUGUCCCUUUGCAACUCUUUCACUACCUGUGCCCUACACUUGCAAUGUACUUGAGACCAAUUGAAAUCAGUACGGAUGCAAAGCAGAUUCGUCACCAUCAUUUACAAUAGCGGAAUUAAAAAUAUUCUGGGGAUUUGUCUUAAAUUAGAGAUCCAAGCCAAAGCCUAGUUAAGGUCUGAAAAAUAUUAUAAACCUAAUAAUUUCUAUUGAAAGGAGAUGAUCUGCAAAAUGUCAGGAAUUUUCGCAUCUAAAUAAAAACAUGAUUUGAAGAUGUAAAUAAUUUUGUUAAAAUGUUAAGGAGGAUGGAGUCAAACGACAUAGUUAUUGAAUGUGAAUGCAAUAUAUUGAUACGUGUCAAUGUGCCAUCCAAAUUGAUCCUGUCUUUUUGCCUUUUCCCUUGGUCAUAGGGAACUUGGUGAACCCAUUCCAGCAGUAUUGACAUUAAAAGCAACCACACGCCCAUUUAAGACACACUCCUGCGUACAAAUGCACACACUCGCUUAAGUAAACUCUGGCUACAGGCUCUGGUUCAUGAUGUGCUUAAUUUUAUUCUAAACAAUGAGAAAAACAAGCUCAUUGCUGUUUUACCCAAUUCCUGCCAAACUUACUCUUUGCUCUAUGUUGCUGUGACCCACUCUGUACUGCUGCACCACUUGUAAAAUUGUGUUGAUGAAUCCAAUGUAUAUUUUGUGUGUGAUUACAAACAUAUUCCAGUGAGUGGAUUUUCUACUUUUACUGCUUUCCACUAGCUUGUGUUGCUUUGGAUUUGCUAACAUGAAUAAAACCUGUUUUAAGUGAAAAUGACUGCCUCGUUUUAUUU